AUGCAGGGUGAGUACUGCACUUAUGUGCUGCAGGAGUAUAAAGAGAAGGAGGAAAGCGAGCGGCGCAGGAAGCAGGUGGCCUUCACCCUGCCAGCCUCCAUUAGUGAUUGUGGCCAUGGAAUUCCUAUUAUCAACAUCCACAUCACCCACGACGGCACCGUGGUGACGGCACGAGAAGAUGGGUUUGUGUGCUAUUUGGCACAGCAGCUGAAUGAGAUCAAAGAGGCCUGCUAUGAGGGUAAAACCAGAAAGACCCCACUGAGCUGGACUCCACAGGUCCGGGCAUCAUGUGAUCAGACAGUCUUCACGAUCUAUAAAGGUGUGAAGACCUUUGACCUCUGUCAGAAGCACAGCUUGCUGGUGACUGGAGGCAUGGACAAACUCAUCCGCCUAUGGAACCCACGUUUCUCUGGGCCGAGGCUCCACAGGCACUCCACCGUGUCACAUGACCAGCCUGUUCUCUGCUGCAGCUACAGCCAGGAGUUCCGCCAAGUUGUGAGCUGCUGUGAGGGAGCUGUAAAUGGCCAUAAGGGGGACAUCCUUUGUGUGGCGCAGUGUCCCCCAUCUUUCCUGGCCACCAGCAGCUGUGAUGGAGAGAUUAUAGUGUGGAACAUGGCUUCUCAGCGUGUGCACUGCUGGUUUAGCAGCCCUGUUGAAACUGAGCACCGGGAUCCCGAAGCAGAAUUGGAUGAAAGUGUUCCUUGCAUCCUUUUCCUGCAGAACUCCACUUUGCAGCGGUUCCCAGCUACAGCUCUAUUGUCAUCUGGUAUCAGAGGUUAUAUAAACCUCUGGGAUGUACUCGGCGGAGGAAAACUUGUGGGCAAGUUCAAAGCGUCUAAAUUCCAACAAAAGAUAGUAAAACUGGCCAGAGCUGACAACGGCAUGCUGCUGUACACAGCUGACAGAAUUGGUUACAUCUAUAUCUACGACUUGGAGAAGUUUGACCCUGAGAAAAAAAAACCCGGAGCCGAAAACUUCUGGCGUGCCCACACGAGCGCAAUUACCGGCCUGGAGACUGUUGACAGUGAUCAAGCGGUGCUCACCUCAUCCACCGACCGCACUGUGCGCCUUUGGAGUGCAAAGGGAGAAUUCAUUGGGACCUUUGGGCAGCCCGAAAUCUGGAGCGUCCAUAUUCCAUCUUCCUGGAAGCAUCCCGGUGUCCCUUAUGAAGUUCUGAUUGAUCCUCUCAGUAUGCCAGAUCGUGGCAUUCUGAAAGGAGAAUCGCAUCUUUCUGAAGCCGUAAAUCCUGACAAGACUGAGGCUGAUAGAGGGGAACUAAAGAGCCCUGAUGAAACUGUCAGGAACAUGAGCAUGUGACCAGACCACUGCGCUUUGAAAGGCUCUGACUCUGCGGAGACCUCGACCGCCGGUGAACUGCCUCAGCCCUCUCUUGCUGGUAUUGAUCCUUUCAUAAGCUUCACUUGGGAACGGGAGUCAACUGAAUAAGAUGAGACUGUAUUGAUCACCGCUGACGAACUGGGUCAUUGCAACUCUCCCUGCAAUAAAGUCAGAACAAAGAAGAAUUAAAUCGAG